GACAUGGCGGCAUCCUCUUCCUCCUCCAGCAGCGAGAGUAAUGAAGCUAAUUCCAAAUGGCUUGAUGCCCAUUAUGACCCCAUGGCCAAUCUCUACACCUUCUCCUCCUGCAUCGCCCUGGCUGACCUGCAUGGCGAUGGAGAUUACAAGGUGAGGAGGGCUGGCCUGCCUGCUCACCCCAGGCCAUGAAUCUGUCCACCUUGGUAUCCUUUCCCACUCCCUCCUAGUUCAGUCCCCUUGGCCUGGUAUCCCCCACACUCCAUCCUAUCUUGGGCUGCAGGAGCAAACAGCACUUGGAUGGGGAAUGUUGGGAUUGUCUCUCAAGAUGGGGCUGGUGGUGGGUGACCUAGGCAUGGCUGGCCACACCAUGAGGCUGAAGGUAUACCGGGGCACGGGGCUGGCCAGCGAGAGCACCUUGUUGGACCUGCCAGCUGCUGUGGCCACCUUUCUGAUGGACCAGAAUGAGCCACGCACGCCGGCCGUUGCUGUGGCCUCCGGUCCAUUUGUCUAUGUCUACAAGAACCUGCGGCCCUACUUCAAAUUCACCCUGCCCCCCCUGGAUGCCAACCCUCUCGAGCAGGAUGUCUGGGAGCAAGCCAAAGAGGAUAUGAUUGACCCUCUGACUCUGAAGGAAAUGCUGGAGGGGAUCCGGGACAAGGCGGAGAUACCCCUGUCGGUACGAUCACUGAGGUUCCUGGCCCAAGAUGUAUCCGAGAUGGAGAGUUUUGUAAACCUACAUAAGGGGCAACCAAUCAAGCGUCAGACUGUCAUCACCUGCAUGAGCACACUGAAGAAGAACAUGGCGGAUGAGGAUGCGGUCAGCUGCCUGGUGAUUGGGACGGAGAGUGCUGAUAUCCUCAUCCUGGACCCCGAGGCCUUCACUAUCUUGGCCAAGAUGACGUUGCCUAGCGUGCCUGCCUUCCUGGACGUGAUGGGGCAGUUCGAUGUGGAGUACCGGGUCACAGUGGCCUGCAGGGAUGGGAACAUCUACAUCCUGCGCAGGGAGUCUAAGCGAUCCAAAUACUGCAUUGAGCUGAGUGCCCAGCCCGUGGGGCUCGUGCGGGUGCACAAGAGCAUCAUGGUUGGCUGCUCCGAUGAGACACUGCAAGGCUACACCCAGAAGGGGAAGAAGCUGUGGACAAUCUAUCUGCCAGCCCCACUGAUGACCAUGAGCCUGCUAGAUCAGAAAUCACGGGGCUUCCAGGCCGUGAUGCUGAGUCUGGCCAACCAGGAGGUGCACAUGUACCGAGACAAGAAUCUUGUGGACAUCAUCCACACCCAGGAUGUGGUCACCAGCAUUUGCUUUGGCCGCUAUGGGCGUGAAGACAACACACUCAUCAUGACAACUAAAGGCGGGGGGCUGAUCAUCAAGAUUCUGAAGCGCACAGCCGUGUUUGAGGAGAAGGACACGUCGCUGGGGCCUCCCAUGGCCCAGAGCAUCCGACUCAGUGUGCCCAAGAAAACCAGGCUGUAUGUAGACCAGACGCUGCGGGAGCGUGAGAAUGCUGUGGCCAUGCACCAUGUGUUCCAGAAGGACCUGUGCCGGCUGCGCCUGAUGGCAGCCCGGGCCUAUGUCAAAGCGCUGGAGUCCAGCCUCGCGCCUGUCACAUCCACCCUACAGGAACCCCUUAAGAUGAAUGCAGUGGUGAGUAGGCCAUGGGACACCCACCGCUGGGAAUGAAAGGGGGACGGGCGUUCGGAUGGAACCAGGAGACAGGGUGAGAAAAAUCAGGAUUUUCUCCACAGC